AUGUCUCACGAGGAAGAUCUCAUCGAUUACUCGGAUGAGGAGCUUCAGGCAACUGAUGCUGCCGCUGGCACUGCUGCCGCUGGAGCUAACGGCGCUGCUCCUAAAAAAGAAGGCGACUUGACAGUCUCUGGCGCGCGUGCGGAUAAAAAAGGCAGCUAUGUUGGUAUUCACUCGACUGGUUUCCGCGAUUUCCUCCUGAAGGGGGAGCUUUUGCGUGCGAUCACCGAUUGCGGUUUCGAGCAUCCAUCGGAGGGGUUUUUCAUGUCAGUCAGCGCACUCGGGACUGCUGCUCGUCGCAAGCGGGGCUAUUCAAUCAACGGUUGGCAAUAUUCUGCCGCGUGGCAUAACUAUCUGUCAAUCUCGGUCAUUUUCGGUAAAGGAAAUCAAGUUUGCAUCCCGACUGCCAUUCUGAAUGUCGAUGUCCUCUGCCAGGCCAAAUCCGGUCUUGGAAAAACCGCUGUCUUUGUCCUGACGACUCUCCACCAGCUGGAGCCAGUUCCUGGCGAAUGCUCGAUACUUGUUAUGUGCCACACCAGAGAGCUGGCAUAUCAGAUCAAGAACGAAUAUGCCCGAUUUAGCAAAUAUCUUCCAGAUGUUAAGACUGCCGUUUUCUAUGGUGGAACUCCAAUGCAAAAAGAUAUCGAGCUGCUGUCGUCGAAAGACACAUAUCCUAGCAUCGUUGUUGGCACCCCUGGUCGAUUGAAUGCUCUCGUUCGCGAUAAGAAACUGUCUCUCCGAAACAUCAAAGCGUUUGUUCUCGACGAGUGUGAUAAGAUGUUGGAUCAGAUCGAUAUGCGACGCGACGUCCAGGAGAUCUUCCGUGCGACUCCCGCCGACAAACAAGUCAUGAUGUUCAGCGCCACUCUCUCCCAGGAAGUCCGGCCGAUCUGCAAGAAGUUCAUGCGCAAUCCCUUGGAAGUGUAUGUUGAUGAUGACACGAAGCUGACUCUUCACGGCCUCCUCCAAUACUACAUUAAGCUUGGCGAAUCGGAGAAAAAUCGAAAGUUGAAUGAACUGUUAGACAGCCUAGAAUUUAACCAAGUUAUCAUCUUCGUUAAGAGCACUCAGCGUGCUAGCGAGUUAGACAAGCUCCUCCGUGAAUGCAACUUUCCCAGUAUCGCAGUCCACUCCGGAGUUUCGCAGGAAGAGCGUAUCAAACGAUACAAGGAAUUCAAGGAAUUCAACAAGCGAAUUUGCGUAGCAACCGACGUUUUUGGCCGCGGCAUUGAUAUUGAACGAAUCAACCUAGCCAUCAACUAUGACUUGCCUGCGGACGCUGAUUCCUACCUUCACCGUGUCGGUCGGGCGGGUCGCUUCGGUACCAAGGGUCUCGCGAUCUCUUUUGUCAGCAGCGAACAAGACCAAGAGGUUCUCAAGGACAUCGAGAAGCGAUUCGAAGUUGCUCUUCCUGAAUACCCCCAGGGAGGUGUCGACUCCAGCGCCUACAUGGCAUAA